GAUGUGGCCGGGUAUUCCAUCCACCGUAUUCAAGUUAAUCCGGCCGUAGCGCUCGGGAAAGCUGAAAAAAAAAAACUUCUAGCUCAGUCAGAGGUUAGGCAGGAGGACCAUCCGUUUAAAGAAGCAGUGUGCAUCAUUGUUUUCCAAGAUAAUGACAUGUGGAGAUCAAUGAACAACAAAUGAAUGGAAUCCCUGGAUGGAACACUUGGACUUACUGCCCAGUGUAGAACGUCAAGACAAAUUCAUCCUCCCAAUGAUGUCUAGUUACGACCAAGAAAAAUAUGUGUGAUUGAGCUGAGAAAUAUCGCUUGUUAUAUAAAAUGAGGUUUUUGGGCCUCUCUCUGGCUUGAUGCUCUGUAGCCCUGUUGCUUGUACCCUGGCAUUGUUAUGUUCAUGAUAGAAAUGGAAAUUGCAUUGAAUAAGGUUUAUGGAUAAAAGGUGAUUGGAAUCAUGUGAGCAGUUUUGUAUAAUGCAAAUUGCCAUGGGUGAUUAGAAUGGUAAUCAUUGAGAUGAAAUCAAUCAGUUGGAAUACCACAGCCGCAGUUGUUGGUUUGCUUGGCUGCUCACAAAGACGAGAAAUAAUAAUCAUAGAGAGCUGCUUUCAUUUCCUCAGCUGAACUUGCUCUAUUUACAACAGGAAUGUCAUUGAGGAUUAUGUUGAACUAUGCAAGGAGAGGAAAGCUUAUUCACUGUUUAUCAGCAAGCAACGUCUUCGGGCAUCAAAUCUCCAAAUAUCUUACUGAGUAAUUAUUGGAACAAAAAUGGAGAAGGGUCAUAAAUUUGUCAUAAAUGACAGUACUGGGUCCCAUAAAACCAGUGGAAGUAGAGGCAAUGGUGUCACAGAAUAUGGUGGAGGAAAUACAGGAAAGGAUCCUGGAGCUCUAACCUCACCUACCUCGCCCAUGUCUGGUGGAGUAAGGACAGGAAAUGGAAGGAUGAACAGAAUGCAAGCAGUACGCACUGAGACCAUUGAGGAGACAGUGUGCGUCUAUGAGAUCUCAAAUCCAGGAAAAGACAAUAAUGCAUUAGAGACAAGAAGAAAGUCUGAAACACUUUGUGCGGAGGUUUUGGCAAAUGGUGCAUUAUCAAGGAGACGAUCAUCCAGUCCAAAUACUGUUAGUGAUAUGCUGCAAGGCAGGAAUAGAAGUGGUAUCCCAUCACAUACAUCACAUGGUAUUAAUUGGGAUACUGCAUUGCAUCAAAAUGAGAAUAGUGGUUCUAACGGCCAUUCUGGCCAUGCUCAGCAAGCGGAAGAAGUUAAUUUACCUGUAACAUUUUUUAGGUCAGAUUCACUUGUAUCGAGUCCAGCAGACUUGACAACAACAGUAUUAACUAUGCAAGGUGGUCAUGCGAAGAGUGGCAAAGAUAAUGGGAAUGAUUCUUUGGUAGCAGGUAAGAGCAGACACUCAACCCCUAUGGAUGGACUCUACAAUAUCAAAUACAACCCUGCUUAUAAAGAAGAUGCUAGAACAAUUAUUGAUGUUGAUCCAUCAUCUCUAGGUAAUUAUAAACAGAAUGGCCCUACGUGUGAUCUUCUGAGAGGAGAUCGAUUGGAGCCUCCUACGUCCUUAUUUCUGAAAGAGAAACUCUCUUUAAUAGGCAUGCAGGAUAACACUCCUAGUGAUAUAGAAUUCUAUGAUUGUCAUUCACAACUUGGUGAACAAAGAGAAACUCCAGAUCAAGAACUCUUUACUCCAGAAACUGACAGCAACUUGUUAAAACAAAGUGUGGACAAUAAUUACAGAAGCGAUUUGUUAAGUUCUUCUGAAAGAUGGCAUACUGGAACAGAAGCUUCUGUCACUACACAUCAAGCCAUACACAAUUCAGAAGAAGGUGAUUUGAGUUUCAUCAAGAAAAAUGGGCACACAAGACAGAUGGAUGGAGCUGAAUUUACAUCUCCACCCAAUCCAGUUCGCAUCCCAAGAUUUCAGGAAGACCCAGGAAAUUGUAAGGAUCCAGAGCACAUGAAGAAUUCAAGAAAUGGGAGUCCCGGUGCCAUGGAAAGAUUCAAGCACUUUCUUUCUUUUGGAGAGAAGGAUCCGCCACAGGAAAUGAAAGAGGCUCCAUCUAGCUUCCCUGUGUCUUUCCCUUCUCUUCCAGACCUUUCAGCGUCCAACCAAGCUCUCAAAUCCUUCAACUUUUCCCACGAGAAGUCCUACCCAUCACCUGAGAAGGGACGUCCAGCAAUGACACCUAGUGAACGUGGAGAGAAGAGCUGGUGGAAGGAUCCAACAUAUGGUUUCCCCUCUCCUGAGAUAUCUCUCAAGAGACCGCAGACACUCUUCAGGUUUAGUACUUGUACCUCCCCUUAUGAUAAAAAUACAGAGACCCGAAAGACUCGUAGACGAUCUACUGAGGUGCUUGUUGAGGGGUUAUCCAGUCCAUUGUCUGCCAGUGAAAGACUGCUCAGGUCACCAAGAACUCCAAGCAAACCAAUGACUCCCAAGGAACCCUCAGCUUACGUUGCAGCCAGAGAGAAACAGGCGAAGCUGGAUUUUAGGAUUAACUUCAAGGACCAGGCAAACUUUACAGGUCGACGCCUCCUAGACUGGCUCUGUUCCUCUUCCUCCCUGCCGUGCUCAUCACCUCCUUAUCAGGAGGAUGGGAGUGUGACAAGUCCAUCUUCUAUCUCUGAAAACCAGUCUGCUGCUCAUCUCCUAUGUACCAAUCUCCUUGAUAUUGGUAUCCUACAACCCCUUGAGAGUACAUCAGGGACUGACAUGUUUAAGUUGGACUCUAUGUACUGUUGGAGACAUGAGAACCAACUCUCCUCGUCAUCAUCUCUCUCCAGUGGUUCUGUAGUUGCGUCCCCUGGCAAACUCACUCCUGUAUGGCCCCCUCCAAAAUCACCAGAGGAUGAAGACAAAAAUGGUGGAAAAUACACAGAAGCUGAGCAUCAGCAGUUGAUCAUGGGUCUGAAACGAGAGCACAAGGAUGUUUUGGAGUGCUUGAAAACUGAGCAUGAAAUGUCAAUCUUUGAUGUAAGAGGACAACAUGCAGCCCUAGUUUGUAUGCUAGAAGAUCAGUUAUGUGAUUUGAGAAAAAGAAUUAAGGAACUAGAAGCUGAGCAAUACAAAUAUACUAACAAACAAUGUGUGGAUGUUGCUGUUGAGACGGAUAAGAUAGAGAUCAAUCGGGAAGCCUUGCAGAGGCAUAUUGAUAAGUUUGAGGAAUUCCAACAUGAGCAGGGGACGCAGGAGCACUCUCACAAAGCACAGAAGCCGUCAAAACAUAAAGGACAGACAGGGUCGAACACUUUAUCUCCUAAUGAACUGCAUCCAUCAGCUGUGGCAGAUAUACCUCAUGGUGCUGUGAUCUCGCAGCCUCAUCCUCCUCCACCACCUCCAUUACCAGGGGCCAUGCCAACCCCUCCACCUCCACCACCACCACCGCCUCUUGCCCUAUCAGCACAUACUGGUAUGCCCCCUCCCCCAGCACCUCCACCAUUACCAGGUGCCUUAGGACAUUCUUCACAACCACCUGCACCACCACCACCACCCUUUGGUGUACCAGGUGUUCCUGGAAAGGCUAUGCUUAUAACGCAGAAAGUACCAACUAAGCCUGUGAUGGAACCGUCAGUGCCAAUGAAACCACUCUACUGGAAUAGAAUUCAGCUCCACAAACUUGCCAGCCAACGAGGGAACAAUAUGAAAGAAGCUGUUUGGAUGGAUAUGAAGGAACCAGAGGUCACUCCAGAAGAACUUGAGGUACUCUUCAGCAAGAAACUAAUGAAGAAAAAGAAACCACUGUCUGAUAACUACAGCAAGCCUAAGGUCAAACAGGUUGCGAAGUUGUUGGACAGCAAACGUUCUCAAGCUGUAGGUAUAUUCAUGUCCAGUCUACAUGUUGAGAUGAGUGACAUCAGACAUGCUGUUCUUAAUGUGGAUAUGUCCAUUAUUGAUCUGGAGAAUCUUCAGUCACUAUAUGAAAUGAGACCUCAAUCAGAUGAGAUCAAGAUGAUUAAAGAACACACAAAGAAAGAUGGAUCCAAACCACUUGACAAGCCUGAACAGUUUCUGCUGGAGCUUUCUGAGAUCCCAGACUUUGCAAAUCGAGUCUUUUGUAUCACAUUCCAGUCAACAUUUGAAGAGAAUCUAAUGGCUGUAAAAUCGAGAUUAACAAUUAUCUUGGAUAUAUGUGAGCAUUUAAGAAAUGGGUCAAGUGUGAAACAGUUUCUUGCAUUGGUACUGGCAGUUGGAAACUUCAUGAAUGGAGGCAACAGAACAAGAGGACAAGCAGAUGGUUUUGGACUUGAGAUCCUUCCAAAGCUGAAAGAUGUCAAAAGUGCAGACAAUGAUGCAAAUCUACUGGAGUAUAUUGUUGCAUGCUAUGUUCACAAAAUCGAUGGAGAUUCAGGAGCUGAUCAUACAAUCUUGCCAUUGCCUGAACCAAGUAAGGUAACCCAGGCUGGACUUAUCAAGUUUGAGGAUCUUGACAAGGACCUUAGAAAGAUUCAAAAGGAUCUCAAAGGUUGUGAAACCAAAGCGGAGUCGGUUCGAAAGAAUUCAAGUGACGAACAUCGGCAGCCCUUCAGUGACAACAUGGCUUCCUUCAUGAGUGGAGCUUUGGAAGAUAUCAGCAAGGAGAGCAGAAGAUUAUCUGAUACAAAGAAGAAGUUCCAUGAAUUAACAGAGUGGUUCUGUGUGAAACCCAAACAAAGUGACAAUGAGGUAACCCCAGCCUAUUUCUUCAGUCUAUGGACCCCUCUAUGUAGAGACUUCAAGGAUCUAUGGAAGAAGGAACAAAAGGUGGCUGCUAAGAAAAAGUUACUUGAAAAUCAGGAGUUUGUACGUCAGAAACAGGAAGAAUGGAGGAAAGCUGCUCCAAUAAAAACAGGGAUAAAAAAGGCCGGUGGACUGAAAGCAAGAUUGAGCAAAUCAGCUUCAGUGAAAUUAUAGGUGAGGGUUAUAUUCUCAUCCUUUGAUGGAUUCAGGAGACAGGGAUUGAACUUCUAUACCUAACUCAGGGAAUGAUGUAUGGAUUUAAUUUAGUAAUCAUAUUUUUAUGGAUUCCCAAUUAGACCAGCUGAAGAUGGUAAUGUAAUGAGCUUAGGAGUUUGUAUGGCUUUUGAGUGGCUUGAAAGUAUUCUUAUUGAACUUUAUUUAAACUUACUGGCUGGAUUAUUGUUACCUUUAGGCCGUAUAAUGAAUAGAAGUUUAUAGAAUACAUUUGUAUUGUUUGUCAGUAAGUUUGUUAGUAUUGGUUCUUUGCACAUACAAUAAAAGGCAAUGUUUUUUUGGAUACCCAUUUAUACAGUAUACAUGAAUUCAUAUUGUGCAUGUUUCAUUGAAAAGGGGAAAAAAAUUCCAAUGGAUUUUACAGGGUUAUAGUAUGGAGACCUUCCAUUACAAAAGUUGUCAUCGAUCCAAUCAAACUGAAUUAUGAAAGUCGGCAUUGGCAUCGUUAAGCAUGUCUUCGUUCUUUCAAAAUGUUCUCUCUGUGACAUUUUUUUUUACAAAUCAGCAUGCUACUUUGUGUGACAAUUUUAUAAUGCAAUUGGUUCUAAAAAAGAUUUCAAGAAGAAUACAAAAUUCUUUGCCUGCUAUAGUUGAGAUUGGUUGGAUUUCUUGCAACUUCUGUGAAAUAAGAGCCAGGUUUUCAUAAUACUGAUACUUACAUUAAAUAAUAAUAAGGAGUGAUGCAUGAAUUUCUUGGAAGUUUGAAACCUGUUUCUUGUAUCACCAAUACAUUCCCAUAAUCUUGUAUUCUUUCCAUAGAGGUUAGCUGAUUUGAGCCAUUAGUUUGUGUAUUCCUACUGCAGUACUACAUCGUAACAAAAAGAAAUUAUGUAAAAUAUUUAUUUAUGGAGAGGACAUUGUCAUAAUGAAUUUGGAAAGCCUGCAAGUCAAAGACUUGCAGAAUGAUUUGUCAUUGUGUUUUUUGUUGUACCAAAAGAUCUCACCUACUGAUCAUGUGGUCAAUUCAAAAACUGGAUGAGAUGUUCAAGGUUAUUUAAACCAUUGCCUGCUGGAAUCAUAGUUUCCUACUACAAAGACUUUUGAAAUCCCAGGAUACAGUAUUUAAUGGGUUCAGAUGCCCUUUUUGUACUUGUGCUUGGACACAUUUUUUUUUCAAUAAACAAUGCUGAAAAUGCAAAAUUUUGUUAAGUCAUUCUUUAAACUAACUUGACAUCAUUUAACAAAACAAUUCAGGUAUAAAAUUAAUUCAUGUAUUUUUUUAUUUAUUGGAUAUCUUUGUCUUCUCCAUAUCUCUUUGUUUUAUUCAGGGGGUUUGCCCACUUUUAAGUGCCCGCUUCUUUUACUAUUACAAGUCUGAAAUUGAUAAGUUUUCAACAAGUAAACAUCAAGAUUUGUUUUUUCUUCAUUUUUUUAAAUAAAAAACAUCCUUAUAGAAAAUUUAAGAAAAUUGUGUAGUUAUAGGUUUACAUAUACAUGAUUAUUGAAUUGAACAUUCAGUUAAUUGAGAACGUGUAACAAUACCAGAAUAUUGUGGUUGCAUUUUAUUCAUAGCAAUAAAAAUGUACAGUAUUGUAGACCUAUUCGAUUUUAUUUAGAUAUCAGAGGUAAAAUUAUUGUCAAAAUAGUUACAAAACAAAAUUUGUAGGCCCAAAUUCACAAUAGAUGCUUAGACCAUAGAGAUUUUUAACUCAUACCGAGGCUUGUUAACACACUAAACUUAUGCCAAAGUGAGCACACAUUUACCAUAGUCACACUUAAAGAACAAUCUAAUACAGUGUAUGUGUUUGUGUGCACACUUACAACAACCCAGUCAGAUGAUUUAACAUCCACUGUGAACUUGGGCUAUAAUAUACUUUUGCAUUGACUUUUGUAUAUUGUCAUUUUAUUAUUCUGAAACACUUUUUUUUUCUAUUUUGCGUUUGUAUUUGUGACACAUUUGAUAUAGAAGCCUCUUAAUAUCCUUCCUUUUGUUCCUUUUGCCUUUAAUUUCUUUGGUUUCUUCUUGUAUUUGUGUUUUCUUGUGAUCCACUUGUUCUUUUGAUACUAUGCUCCUAUUGAUUAUGCACCACAUUGGCUUCCAUUGUUACUAAAAUCAACUGAUUGUUUUGUGUGUGAUGUAUAGCUGAACAAAUAAAUCUUUAGAAAUCUAUGCAGAUAAUAUUGGCAGACAAAUCGGCAGAUAAAGACACAUGGUUGAUGACUGAAGCAAUGGACUUAAUAAAUUAUGUUUUCAAAGGUAUAUCAUUCAUAUAUUGUAUCAGAGGAUUAACUAAUGACAUUUAGAGAAUGUUGCAAAUGUCAGUAGAAAAUUAUUGUGAAUCCAGUCUUAUCCUUUUACAUUUCCAUCCAUUCCCCCCUCUCUCUCUCAUUCUCUCUCUCUCUCUCUCUCUCUCUCUCUCUCUCUCUCUUUCUUUCUAUGUCCAUUCAUUUCUGAAAUCUAUUUGAGUUCCUUCUCAUAUGUUUAUAUAUAAAUAGCUGUUGUAUCAUUACAUAAAAACCUCUGCUGCCCUCUAUUGACUGCAUUUAUAUUAUUUGUGCCUACAGAGAGAGAGAGGUAAUAUGGUAAAAAUGUUAUCACUUAAUCUCAAAUGUCACUUGAAAUUAACUUGACAAAUGGAGAUUCAUGAAUGUGUAUUUGUAAAUAAUAAUCAGACACAUACUUUCUCUUUUCAUCUCUACGUGUAGUGCAAUAAAUUUUCCUUUCAUUUUAAGCGUGCUUUACAUAAUGGUACUUAAAUUUAUUAGGGAAUAUGCUAAUUGUAAGCUAUAGUUAAAGCAGUACUGUCUAUUGAUCAAUAUAAAGUAUCAGUUUCUUUGUUUCAUGAGAGAUAUCAAAUGUGUAUGUUUGCAGUGUGGUUGACUUAAAAUUGCUCCCAAAUUGUAAACUUUCUCUCUUAUAGUUAUAUUUUCUAAUUAUUCAUAAAAAAACAAAAAUUGCAUGAAACUUCUGUCUUUCACAAUUUGUAUUCAAAAGGCUGAAGUCAAUGACUUAUCCCCUUUUUUUCAACUCUUCUUUGAUAUACAUCUCAAUAGAAAUGUUUUGUUUUCUUUCUUUUGCAUAUAUUCUGAUUGUAAGUCUUAUGUGUAUAUUAUAAUGUAAAGUGUACACUUAUUGAUAUUUGUAUUCAUGCAUGUACAUCUAGCUUAAAAUAUGUCCUCAACUUAUAAUAUGGCUAUAUUAUUUACUCAUGUUAUAUUUUUGAAGUUUUGGAGUGAUGAUAGUUAUAUCUGUGCUAUUUCAAAAUGUGUACAAAAAUAGGUUGAAAUUCAUUAAACUAGGCUGAUGAUACUUAACUAGAUUUCUUGCUUUUAUAUUUAUAUUUGAAAAUAUGUGUAUACUGUAGUAUAUAUCUUGAACAUAUCUUUUUUGUUUUGCACAAGUGUUGUGUUAAUUAUGUCUCCUAAUACCAACAAAUCUUGUUUGGUUUUGAAAGGUAUGUUUUUACAGAAGAACAAGUAAAAUGGCCAGGUUUCUGAACUUGGAGGGAGGUGGUUUGUUUUCUUUUUAUUUCCAAACAGGUAAAAAGAAAUGCAAUAAAAAACAUAUAAAAAAUAAGUAGAAAAGGAUAUAGAUUACAAUUCAGCAUAAAGCCCAAUUCUGUGUUGAUAUAACAUUAAAAACGCCAUUCCAUUGCAUGCUAAAAUUAUGUUAUUACAAAAUGCAUGAGCAAUGUGCAGUGUUUGAAAAGGCAUUGUAAUGAAAAAAAGAUAACUUGGAUUAUUGCAGUGAAGAACAUAUGAAACAUUGUCAUUAUCCUCAAUAAAGGUUUUCAUGACCAUUCCAUGACAUUAACUGGGUUUAUGAUUUAAUUUAUAAAAGUACUACCAAAAAGACAUUCCAAUUUUUAUGUAAAACUGAAAGGGACCUUUGUCAAAUGUGCUUCUUCAGUUGUACAUUGAUCUGCCGAUCUUUCUGCUUCAUGUCUCUCACAGCUCAUAUAAACCUUCAAAUCUUUUGUAUUGCAUCUCAAUAUGUAUAUAUUCAAUGACCAACUCUUUUCAAAUCAGGUUGCCGGUUGCAUGCAUUGUAUUGCCAAUUUGGUAUAAUGAUUUACUAAGGUACUAUGAAGGUCAUUGGUCUGCCAUGAAGAGUAUUUUACCAACUUAGUAUUGCCAUAAGACGAUCAACUCUCCGCUCUUUGUAUAAAAAUACUGAAAUGUCAGAUCUGUGAGAACAAUUAUAUGUGAUCUAGUAUUUGCUCUAUUUACCAGCUUUGUUUGAAUUGAGUUUAUGGAUUAAUCAAAAUCCAGCAUGUGUUGAAAGCUUUAUGGUGCAUUCCCAUUGCCAUAUUAUGUUUGUAUUCAUUGCUUGUACAAUGUUGGAUAAACCUAAUUACUUGCAUUAGAAGUCUAUUCUGCACUGCAAGUUUGGUAUGCUGAUCAUUGUAAAAAAUCAAUGAAACAAGUUCAUGAAAAGAGUUGGGAGUAAUAACCAGUUUUUCAUUCUCUCACCUGCAUGUAGAUGACUGAAAAUCUGAAAUGAUAUUCAAAAUUAAUUGCUUUUCCAUACUCUACCUGAUGCCGAAAAGCAUUGAGAAAUAAAAAAAAAAUGUACCAAAGCUUUAAUCAACUAUUGACAUGAUCUCAAUAUGAUUAGAAAAGUUGCAUGUAUAUUGCAAUUUACAUAAGCAUUUCAAUGCACAAUACAAACCGAAUGUUAUAUUAUGAUAGUAUCUUGUCUUCCAUGUCUUCCUUAUCCUUUUCUUUGUCAUUCUUUUUUAUCUUAUCAUCCUUCCCAUUUUCGUUCUUGCAAGUGUUUUUAUGGACGAAUGAACUUCACAUUUUUGAUACAUUCAAUGCGACACUGAUUUGAGUUGAUUUCGGGACAGAAGGUAAAAACGUAAGAUUUUGCGAGGCAUCGGAAUGUGCUGAUAUGGAAAAAUAAAGUACAUGAGACUUCAUGGUGUCAUUCAUGCAUACCAGCUUGGAGCUUCAAGUGUAAGAAUAAUUGCAUUGCACUUGGGAAUUGGGCAAUUGUAACAGUCAUGACAAUUGAGUCUUCUAUUGGAAUAACUCUCUGUAAUCAGAGUUGAGAAAAAAUCAGCAUGUUCAUGCGCUAUCUAUUUGUGGAUCUUGUGCAGAAAAGAAGCAACGAUUUCUCUUUCCAAUCCCCUGGAGGGAAUUCAGUCUUUCUAUUGUAUAUCAUGUUUUAUCUUUUCCUUUCUCUUAAUGUAAUUAUAUUCUCACAUUCUCUCACAACUAUCAUGGUUCCCAUUGCUCUGAUAUUUCAUUACAUUCCUAAGAAAAUGUUUACUGUCACUAAAAGGGAACCCUGCUGUAGUAGGGUCAAGAUUCAUAUGCUAUACUUUUUUUAAUGUAAGUAUAUGAAAUUUUAAUAUAUUCUCUUCGUCAAGUGGGAUUUGUUAAACUUAGUCUGGACCAGUAGGCGUUUGUUUGAAUUAAUUAUUUUCAAACAGUCAUGUUAAUUUUCACAACGGUAUACAGCUUUAGCGUCUACCGUAUUGAUACAGAAAUCAGUAUGGAUAUUUGAUAUCCCUUGUGAAUUGCAUUUGUAGAUUAUUACAGUGCUGACGAUUGUAGGAUUUUAUCCAUGAUUAAGUUAGAAUGAUAGACAAUGGUAGCUAUAUGACUUUGUAUCAUGCAAAUGAUUUUAAGAAUGGUAUAUAUACAAAGAGAGCAAUAAAUUAUGGAAAUUUAAUCUAA